ACACGACUGAGGCGUCCCGUAGGACCGCAAAGGUCGCCGUGCAGCGCAAGCGGCGCAGCGCGGAGCCCCCGACGCGGUGCGCUGGCUGCCACGCGCACCCGGCUCGUCCCGAGGAAAUUCCCACGAGAAUAGACGGACGCUUGGCGGUUUUUAUUCGAGCACGGCGCGCGUUGCUGGCGUUCCCUUGCGUUCGAACACGACCACCACAACAAUGGGUGCAUCCGACGAGCUCGACUACCUCAAGACCCUGGUCUCUCAGCUCAAUGAGAAGAUCAAGGCGCUAGAGGUCAAGGCCUCGGCCUCCGCGCCGCGCUCGCCUGUCCAGCAGCUGCGCACGAUUCUCGUUGGGCCGCCGGGUGCUGGCAAGGGCACACAGGCCCCCCGCAUCCGCGACGAGUUCUGCGUGUGUCACCUCGCCACCGGCGACAUGCUGCGUGAGCAGGUCGCCGCGAAGACGCAGCUCGGCGUGGAGGCGAAGAAGAUAAUGGACGCCGGCGGGCUGCUCCCGGACGACAUUGUCGUCAACAUGAUCAAGGACCAGCUCGAGAACAACAAGGCGUGCAAGAACGGCUUCGUCCUCGACGGUUUCCCCCGCACGGUUGGCCAGGCUCAGAAGCUCGACGGCAUGCUCUCGGACCGCAAGGAGAAGCUGGACUCUGUCGUUCAGCUCCUCAUUGACGACCAGCUGCUCAUCUCGCGUAUUACCGGCCGCCUCAUCCAUCCUGCCUCCGGACGGACGUACCACAAGGAGUUCUCCCCGCCGAAGAAGCCUAUGGUCGACGACGUCACCGGCGAGCCCCUCAUCCAGCGCUCAGACGACAACGCAGAGACAUUGCGCAAGCGGUUAGCGACCUACCACACGCAGACCGGCCCCGUCGUCGACUACUACCGCAAGAAGGGCAUCUGGCACGGCGUAGACGCGGCGCAGUCCCCCGCCGUCGUCUGGGAUAACCUCCGUAAAAUCUUUGUCCAGAAGUCAUAGAGCAGAUGAGACGAUGCAUAGAGUUCGAUACCCCUGUACAUAUUGCUGAGUAUUUAAUAUGUUCGAGGUAUGUGUCUC